CGCCGCCGGCGCCGCCCGGCCCCGCUCCCGCUGAGCCCUGCGCGCCCCUCGCCCUGCAGCAUGAGCGGCGGCGGCUCCUCGGCACCCGGCCGCUUCGCCGACUACUUCGUCAUCUGCGGGCUGGACACCGAGACCGGGCUGGAGCCGGACGAGCUCUCCGCGUUAUGCCAGUAUAUUCAGGCCUCUAAAACCCGAGAUGGUGGCAGCCGUUUCAUUUCAAGUGCAACAGAAGGGGAAAACUUUGAACAGACUCCGUUAAGACGCACAUUUAAAUCCAAAGUUCUUGCUCGCUAUCCUGAGAAUGUUGAAUGGAACCCUUUUGACCAGGAUGCAGUGGGAAUGCUGUGUAUGCCUAAAGGGCUUGCUUUCAAGACACAAGCAGAUUCCAGAGAACCUCAAUUCCACUCCUUUAUUAUUACUCGUGAAGAUGGCUCGCGGACAUUUGGAUUUUCUCUCACGUUUUUUGAGGAAGUCACUAGCAAACAGAUCUGCAGUGCAAUGCAGACGUUGUAUCAUAUGCACAAUGCUGAAUAUGACAUCCUUCAUACUCCACCCACCAAUGACAAGGAGAGCUGCAGCAGUGCUGGGGACUGCAAUGGCACCUCUGUCUCAAAGCUACAGCGAUUUAACUCCUAUGACAUCAGCAGAGACACACUCUAUGUCUCAAAGUGCAUUUGUCUGAUUACCCCAAUGUCUUUCAUGAAAGCUUGUAAGAAAGUUCUAGAACAACUUCACCAAGCAGUGACUUCACCUCAGCCACCGCCACUACCUUUAGAAAGCUACAUCUACAAUAUUCUCUAUGAGGUUCCUCUUCCUCCAGCAGGAAGGUCAUUGAAAUUUUCAGGUGUUUAUGGACCAAUUAUCUGCCAGAGGCCAAGCACCAAUGAACUACCAUUGUUUGAUUUUCCUGUUAAAGAAGUUUUUGAAUUGCUUGGAGUAGAAAAUGUGGUUCAACUUUUUACCUGUGCCCUUUUGGAGUUUCAGAUACUGCUUUAUUCACAGCAUUAUCAGAGGCUGAUGACAGUGGCAGAGACCAUCACAGCACUAAUGUUUCCAUUUCAGUGGCAGCAUGUGUAUGUUCCUAUCCUUCCAGCAUCCCUCCUUCAUUUUCUAGAUGCUCCUGUCCCUUACCUCAUGGGCUUGCACUCUAAUGGACUGGAUGAUAGGUCUAAACUGGAACUUCCUCAAGAGGCUAACCUGUGCUUUGUGGAUGUAGACAACCAUUUCAUUGAGCUGCCAGAAGACCUACCCCAGUUUCCAAAUAAACUUGAGUUCAUUCAGGAAAUUUCAGAGAUACUGAUGGCUUUUGGAAUUCCACCUGAGGGAAACCUGCACUGCAGUGAAAGUGCCUCCAAGAUGAAGAGCCUCAGAGCAUGUGACCUGGUUUCUGAUAAAAGAAAUGGGAACAUAGCAGGAUCACCUCUGAAUUCCUAUGAGCUGCUAAAGGAAAAUGAGACUAUUGCAAGACUCCAAGCACUUGUUAAAAGAACAGGUGUGAGUCUGGAAAAGCUGGAGGUGCGAGAAGAGACCAGUAGCAAAAAGGAUCUUAAAAUUCAGUGUGAUGAAGAAGAAUUCAAGAUUUACCAGCUGAACAUUCAGAUUCGGGAAGUUUUUGCCAACCGCUUCACACAAAUGUUUGCAGAUUAUGAAGUGUUUGUCAUCCAGCCCAGUCAGGACAAGGAAUCCUGGUUUACAAACAGAGAACAGAUGCAAAACUUCGAUAAAGCUUCUUUCUUGUCCGACCAGCCUGAACCUUACUUGCCCUUCCUCUCAAGAUUCCUGGAGACCCAGAUGUUUGCAUCCUUCAUUGACAAUAAGAUUAUGUGCCAUGAUGAAGAUGACAAAGACCCUGUUUUGAGAGUUUUUGAUUCUAGGGUGGAUAAAAUUAGGCUGCUGAAUGUCAGGACACCGACUCUGCGCACAUCUAUGUAUCAAAAGUGCACAACCAUUGAUGAGGCUGAGAAAUCUAUUGAAUUAAGGCUGGCAAAAAUAGAUCACACUGCAGUUCACCCACACUUGCUGGACAUGAAAAUUGGACAAGGGAAAUACGAGCUUGGAUUUUUUCCUAAGCUUCAGUCUGAUGUUUUAUCCACUGGCCCAGCAAGCAACAAGUGGACAAAGAGGAAUGCUCCUGCUCAGUGGAGGCGCAAGGACAGACAGAAGCAGCACACAGAGCACCUGCGUCUGGACAAUGACCAGAGAGAGCACCUGGACUUUUCCAUGUCAGAGCUUCAGUUGCAGUUAUGUUUAGACUGGGACCAGCAUGAUUGGCCCUUCAUGCCUUCUAUAAAAUCUGUGUCAGAGCAUUACCUGAAAUACAUCCAAGAGGCCAGGAACCUGGGCAGCACCAUCCGACAGCCCAAGCUCUCUAACCUCUCUCCAUCAGUAAUUGCACAAACAAACUGGAAGUUUGUAGAAGGCUUGUUGAAGGAAUGCAGAAAUAAGACUAAGAGGAUGUUGGUUGAGAAAAUGGGUCGAGAAGCUGUGGAGCUUGGUCAUGGUGAAGUAAAUAUCACAGGAGUGGAGGAGAACACCCUGAUAGCCAGUCUGUGUGACCUCCUAGAAAGAAUAUGGAGCCACGGUCUGCAAGUCAAACAGGAUAGAAGCUGUACUGCUUUCGUCUUAGAAGACAGAGCAUCAGUAUACUCUGCUUCAACCCAGAUUUGGGCCUUUCAGACCACCAGACGGCCAACCCUUCAUAAGGGAAAGUCUGCAUUGUGGUCUCAUCUGUUACAUUACCUAGAAAACAGACAAAGAAGAACCACAUCAGGCAGCUUCAGUACCUCAGGAAUACUUCUCGAUUCAGAAAGACGAAAGUCUGAUACAAGUCCAGCCAUGUCACCUCUCAGAAUCUCUCUCAUCCAGGAUAUGAGGCAUAUCCAGAACAUAAGUGAGAUCAAAACAGAUGUUGGCAAGGCCAGAGCCUGGGUUCGCCUGUCUAUGGAAAAGAAGUUGCUUUCUAGACAUCUGAAACAGUUGCUUUCAGAUCAUGAACUCACAAAAAAACUCUACAAGCGUUACGCAUUCCUCCGCUGCGAUGAUGAGAAAGAACAGUUCUUGUAUCAUCUCCUCUCAUUCAAUGCCGUUGAUUACUUUUGCUUUACCAAUGUUUUCACAACAAUCUUGAUACCAUACCAUAUAUUGAUUGUUCCCAGCAAGAAACUUGGUGGCUCAAUGUUCACAGCCAAUCCUUGGAUCUGUAUUUCGGGAGAACUGGGUGAAACAGGAGUCCUGCAGAUUCCCAGGAAUAUAUUAGAAAUGACUUUUGAGUGCCAGAACUUGGGAAAACUGACCACAGUGCAAAUAGGACAUGAUAAUUCAGGGCUGUAUGCCAAGUGGCUUGUGGAAUAUGUUAUGGUCAGAAAUGAAAUAACAGGGCAUACUUACAAGUUUCCCUGUGGAAGGUGGCUUGGGAAGGGAAUGGAUGAUGGCAGCUUAGAGAGGAUCCUGGUGGGAGAGCUGCUGACUUCGCACACUGAGGCUGAUGAGCGGCAGUGCCGAACCCCUCCCCUGCAGCAGUCUCCAAGCAUGAUCAGGAGAUUUGUCACUAUCUCACCAAACAAUAAGCCAAAGCUAAAUACUGGUCAGAUACAAGAAGCUAUUGGUGAAGCUGUUAAUGGUAUUGUCAAGCAUUUCCACAAGCCAGAGAAGGAGAGAGGCAGCCUGACCCUGCUGCUGUGUGGAGAAAGUGGACUUGUUUCAGCUCUCGAGCAAGUGUUCCAGCAUGGAUUUAAAUCACCGAGACUCUUCAAGAACGUCUUCAUUUGGGAUUUUUUAGAAAAAGCACAAACAUACUAUGAGACCCUUGAGCAGAACGAGAUGGUCCCAGAAGAAAACUGGCAGACAAGGGCCAGGAAUUUCUGUCGCUUUAUCACUGCUAUCAACAACACCCCAAGAAACAUUGGGAAGGAUGGCAAGUUUCAGAUGCUGGUGUGUCUUGGAGCCAGAGACCACCUUUUGCACCACUGGAUCGCCCUGCUUGCAGACUGCCCCAUUACAGCCCAGAUGUAUGAGGACAUAGCCCUGAUUAAGGAUCACACGCUGGUGAAUUCUUUGAUUCGGGUGCUGCAGACCUUGCAGGAGUUCAACAUCACCCUGGAGGCAUCUCUUGUCAAAGGAAUCGACAUCUGACCUCCUGUCCCACAGGAAAAACUGUCUUUACAAACACAAAAAAAAAGCAACAAGGAGUGAAUCUCAUUAGUAUGCAAAGUUCUGUCUUGCCAGUACAUUGUAUCGUGAACUUGUUCAUGGCCCAAAAAUGCAACUUUGACUUUUCUUGAAGGAAACUCCAGAAAAAGUACAGGCAAAUGGAUAGAAGCUGUAAACUCAAUGUAAAAAAGAGGAUUUUGGUAUAAAUCUAUUUUAGAGUUUAUUUGCUGAUUUGCUUUUUACACACUUUCAUGUGAAAGAGAUAGAGAUGAGUAUUGUGCAGCUUAUUUUAAAGCUGCAGUAUUUCCUUGCCAUAGAAAAUGUGCAGUGAGCCUUUCAGCAUUCUGUGAACUUGCCUUCAGGUAUGCUGUAUGUCAUAGACCCCAGUGUAUACACUCCAUUUCUGCUGAGAAGGUCAUUCUAUAGUUUUUAAACUAAUAUUUUAUAUAUUAACAUUAUUACCAAUGUUUGAUUUUUAAGGUGUUGGGUCAUGUUCUGCUGCAAGGGAACUACAGAUCUGAUCUGUGCUUUUAAUAGCUCCAAAGCACUGAUUUGUCAACAAUUAUUUUUUCCUUUAUUUUUGUUGUCAGUAUUAUUUUUAGUGAAAUCCAGGAGACUGAACCGUGAAAUGUCCAGAGAUAAAAGUAAUAUUUUUCAUAUUGGUACGUAAUUGCACAGAAGAAGAAAUUAAGUCUGUUUUUUAACUGAUGUUUUCUAUUUAUUUAACCUAUCAUUGUGUUUUGUAAGUUUGUCUUAAAAAAAAAUCUUCUAUGAUACAACUGGCUAUAUUAUGUUGCAAUUCAGAAUUUACAGUGUAGCCCACUUAAAUGAAAAACCUGGAAAUAUUGUUCAUAACACAAGAACAUUUCCACUUAAACCAGCCUUUUGAAGCUUGGUGUAUAUGGUUGCUGCUGGUAAUUCUCUUAACUGCUAAUAAAGAGGGACAGGAGUUCCCCAGAUGCCAGAUGACUAAAUAAAGAUCUUUAUGCCCCAUCUGAAGUAAUAACAGUAUACCUUACUAACAAGCAUAAGGAUUUCUUAAUGUUUCUGAGAAGAAAGUGGUAUUAAGUUUUUUCCUUUUGAGUGCAUAUGUCUUGGAUCCCAUUGUCACAGUCUGCUUCAUUUGGGAUGCUUUUGUUUUUAGCAAAGAAAGUUUAAUCCAUUUCUGCUAUGAAACACAAACAUUUUGAAAGCUUAAUUUAUUAGAGAUCUGGAACUUGGCAAAUGCCUAAAGGCAUCUCUGUUCAUUUGAAUCCUCUGAUAAAAAUCUCUUUGAAAUGAAUAUGUGACUUAAGAACAGGCUGAUUUAUCAGCAUCACAAAUUACUGUACAGAAGUUCAGGGCUGUGUAUUUAAGAGGUCUCCACUGUAUAAACUUAUCUCAGUAUUGUCUCUCUUUAGAGAAGCACAGUCCAAGUUUUUUGGUUCAUACAAUAUUGUAGCACUUUUACUUUACCUACAGCUUAGUCACAUCUUGUGAUAGUUUUAUUUCCAUAAUUUAUGAGUAUAGCACAUGUAUUAAAUUUUUGACUAUUUUUACUUCUGUCCUAUUUAUUUCACUAUUAAACUGAGAAGUUCCUUUGUCACUACUUAUCAGAGCAAGAUUCUUCUUUGAUUUCACAGUAGCAUUAGGAAGAUGUGAGGGUAGUCUGAGCCACUCUUCACAUGGGGUGGGUGCAAAUUCUUUCACAGCUUACAGGAGCAUUUCACAGGAGUAUUCUCUGUGUGUGCAGGGUUGGUUUUGUUAGUGUUUUUUAAAAUUUUUCUUCCCUCUUUGGAAGGGCAAAGAAAAAAAAAACAGUUUUACUGCAUUCUAAUAAUUUCAUAUGUUCAAUUUAAUAUGUUAGGAUAGUCUUUUUACACCUGCCCUAAAUUGUUUAUGCAUUAAUAAUAGCAAAAAAAAAUGGUCUAUUUUGGUGGGUUUUUUUGUUGAUUUGUUUGGGUUUUUUGUUGUUGUUUUUGUUUCAGCUGUUUUGAAAUUUACUUUACCAGGGCUUAUUAAGUAAGACAGAAAGGUUCUGUAUUUUGACCUUAAUAGUUGAGCUGAUCCUGUUAAAAGCAUCUAUCUCAUAGUAUUAAGGGUGGAUUAAUUUUAUCUUGUAUGAGGUAAUUUUCCUGAACUAAAGUUCUUUUUUUAUCUUUUUUUUUCCUUCCUUACACAAGUUUACCUAGUGAGAUGCUAUACCACUGGCCUAAUGGCUGUUUUGGUGUGGAUUGUUUUGCCCUCAUUAGGACAGUUGGAAAUCCCUGGGAUGGGCAGGGGCUGGGAUUUGGUGAUUGCCAAGGGGGAGCUCCUUGGCUGGCUCGUGGGGAUGAUGCUGCCCAUCAGUGAGAGCACCCUGAGUGCAAAAGGAAGAGACAGAGAUCCUCUUCCAGCUCCUAGGUUCCUUUAUUCUCACAGCAAAAGCCAGUUUGAGGUAGACCUUCCUCCUCCUCUCACAGGGGGGCUGUGCUUAAUCCUUUUAGGGUUCCAAGCACUUUCUGCUGUGGACUUCCAAGUCUGGAGGGAUUUGCUCCACUGACAGAACAGUAGAAGGUUCUGAGAUGCAGCAGAACUAAAGCUGGUUUUGUUAGCUCCAAAGGCAUCCAAGGAAGAGCAAGAUGGUUAAAUGCAGCCUGUACAGGAUUUUGGGAAGAGAUUUGGCUGGCAUGUGUGAGAACAGCCCAGGCUGCAGGAGCAGCCACAAUCCCACCACUCUGCAGUGCUCACCUCACACCCACCCACUUCUCCCAUGGCUGUUCUAGCAGCAGUCCCACAGGAUAAGGUUAGGAUCCAGCAUUUGCUCUUGCCAUGCCAUUCUGCUGAACUUUAUAGGAACAGUGUAGUCAGCACCUUUUUAUCCAGAGCUUUGUAAAAUCUUUCUCCCUUUGUUCAGAGUAAUGCAGUUUUAACUUUUUUUCCUGUUACUUUUCCAAAUUAAAGGGACAGGUUUGGUAGGUACAGUUAUUGUUCUGUUGUUCAGUGUGGAUUUUUUGGUAACAGUUAAUGAGAAAAUAAAAUCUUUAUAACAGCACACGUUCAUUCUGGAGAGAGAAAUGCAGUGAUUAAAAAGUAAGCAGUUCAUCAUGCAGUGAUGAAAAUACAUACUGCUAAACUGGCCAAACAUGUUUACAGGGUCAUACCUGAUUUGAGAAGAAAAAUUAGGUUAUCACCUAUCAGUUAUUUAGGCUUCUUUGGUAAAUGCUACAGUGAUACUUUAUACAAAAAGAAAAUGCAAAUUAAUAAAGACUUGGUUUAAAUGUAAUUAAAUACUAUGAUGGUAAGUUUAUACAAAAAAAAAAAAGCCUUUACCUGCCAUAAACUUUAACCACCUGAUAUUCUGUAGCUGAAAACAUAUUCAUGAACUGGAGACUAUUCCACAACUUUUUCCAUUACAAAGAGUAUUUUUCAAACUGUUCAAAUGGGACUUACUAGUUGGAUGACCCAUACUUUUUAUGUGUUUUAAAUUCAUUAAUAUGUUAAGAUUUCUGCAGUGAAAUGAUUCAGAUUUAACAUUUUCUGUAUAUUGUCAAAUGAAUUUUGUCCGUAGUGAAGAGACUAUAGGAUACUUGAAAAUACUUGAAGAAAUUGUACACGUACUUCACAUCUUUGUAGCUGUUUAUUUUAUACCUAGAGAUUGGCUGUUAAACUGAGAUAAAGCAUCAAUACCUUAUAAACUAUAUAUUUUACUACAUGGGGAAA